AAAAAGAUCCCUAGGUUUCAUCUGCAGAUCCCGAGCGCAGAAAGUAAGCGCCCCUUAAAACCCCAGAAAAGUAAUCUGAUUACUGCACAGCUCUGUCCCCUGAAGUAACGGCGGCGCGCCACAGUCUCUCCUUAAAAGUUGGUUGCGCGCAGAGCGCAGCUGUCAGAGCGGGAGAGCCGCGGCGCAGCGCGGAUCGAGAGGCUGCAGGUGCGUUCCCCUCCCGCACGAUCACGCACCGAUCAGGCCGCCAAGCUUUGGACUCCGGAUGGGAUUCUUCUCUGAAGACGGAUAAUCCUGUCUGACCAGCCUGGUUUUGAGGAGAGAAGCUCUGUUCUCCCCCUUUUCCUGUGGACCUCCGUGGGCGCAAAUGUGUCCACGCCACAGACUCGCGGCUGGAUUGUAGCAGCACGAGCCUCCCAUGGUUUAAAAGGGCGUCGAGGAGCCGGAAGGGAGUGGGACGUUGACAGAAUGAGUGAACGAUACAUGCAGAUCGAAAACAAAGCAACUCUACUUCUAAUGGUGCUUGUGAUGAGCGUCUGGGAGAUGUCUAGACCAGCAGAGGGAACAGCAGCGCACACCGUCCGGACGGGCACCUGUGAGGUGGUGGCGCUGCACCGCUGCUGCAACAAGAACAAAAUCGAGGAGCGCUCCCAAACCGUCAAGUGCUCCUGUUUUCCCGGGCAGGUGGCCGGCACCACCAGAGCCGCCCCAUCGUGUGUGGAUGCUUCAAUAGUGGAACAGAAGUGGUGGUGUCAGAUGCAUCCGUGCCUUGAUGGCGAGGAAUGCAAAGUGCUUCCCGAUUUAAAAGGCUGGAGCUGUGCAACAGGGAACAAGAUCAAAACCACAAAGAUUUCUGCUGACAAAGACCAGCUCUGGUAACAUCUGCUGACCUACAACAGUGUAAAGGUGAACCAGGUGAAUCUCUGGUCAGACGCACCAUAGAAGCAGAAGAAAGAGAUGCAGAGGACUUUCCUGUAAAUAUAGACUCCCGUUCUUCUCAGUUCUGGACCUGGGAAAGAAAAGUGUAGAACAUUCUAGAGCACGGAUUUGCAGAAGGACUGGACGCGAUAAGCUUUGCGCAUCAUCUCUAUCACACAUUGUACUGCCUGUAGCGGACUACAAAAAUGAACAUUGCCUGUAUGUUCAUUGAAUAACACGGCUUUUGGGACGUUGGUCAUCCAGGAUGAUGGACGGGAGGAUUUGUUAUGUACGGAAUGCAAAGAUUAGCUGCAAAAUGUGAUUUUGUUCUCUCAGCUGGGUGUCUUUCUGCUCUCACAAAAUGUAGCUUCAAGAAUUCAAAUAUGGGUAAAAAUAUGUGGCCGCGCCGUCGUUUCAGGGGGAUUUUCAAAGAAAUACGUCACCGCAUUUCAUCAUCUGUGUUUUAGGUGUUCCUCUAAACCAGAGGUGGGCACUGAGGGCCGCAUUCCUGCAUGUUUUCCAGCAUACCCUGCUCUGGCGUGUUCUAAUUGGCUGGACACACCUUAACCAGGUAA